GGGGCCGCAGGCGGGGCUGAACGGGGCCGGGGCGGGCCGUGGAGCGCAGCGCCGCCGAGCACCGAGCGGCGGCACGGCACGGCACGGGACAGAACGGGCCGGGCCGGGUCCCGCCGGGUGCUCGAGUGCUGCUGCUGCUGCUGCUGAAGGAAUGGCCACGGCCCGCCUGGCAGCGCUGCCCCGGCAAGGGCUGCAGCUCCUGCGCCGGGCGGGCGAGCGGCGGGGAGCCCCGGCGGGCAGUGCCCUGCACACAAGGGUGCCCUCCAUGUCCCCCAAGGUGACCAACAGCUACAUCCAGGGGCCCACAGACAUUCCCCUUCUUGACAAAACCAUGGGCCAGUGCCUGGAGGAGACUGUGGAGCGCUUUCCCGGGCGCGAGGCCGUGGUCUUCUGCCGCGAUGGGGUUCGGAAGACAUUUGCUCAGUUCAAAGAGGAGGUGGACCAAGCAGCAGCUGGACUUCUGGCCCUUGGCCUGAGGAAGGGAGACCGGCUGGGGAUGUGGGGACCCAAUAAAUACGAGUGGGUUCUCAUGCAGUUUGCAACUGCCCAGGCAGGAAUCAUCCUGGUAUCUGUGAAUCCAGCCUACCAGGCCUCUGAGCUGGAGUUUGUGCUCAGGAAGGUUGGCUGUAAGGCACUGGUGUUCCCCACUCAAUUUAAAACACAGAAAUACUAUGAUAUUCUAAAGCAGUCAUGUCCUGAGCUAGAAAAAUCCAGUCCAGGGGGAAUAAAGAGCAAAAGGCUGCCUGACCUAUCCAUUGUCAUCAUGUGUGACUCCAAGCUGCCUGGCACCUUCCACAUGGACGAAGUGAUGCAGGCUGGGGACAGCAGCCACGUGAAGCAGCUCAGGGCCGUGCAGCAGACCCUGUCCUGCACUGAGCCCAUCAAUAUCCAGUUCACCUCAGGGACAACAGGAAGUCCCAAAGGAGCCACCCUGUCCCACAGGAACAUUGUGAAUAAUGCCAAUCUGGUUGGUCUGAGGCUGGGGAUCACAGACCAGGAGAAUCGCUGUGGGCUCCCUGCGCCUCUCUACCACUGCCUGGCCUCGGUGGGAGGCUGCAUGGUGAUGGCUCUGCACGGCACCUCCUGCAUCUUCUCAUCGCCCAGCUUCGAGGGCAGGGCUGCGCUGGAGGCCGUGUCCCGAGAGAGAUGCUCCUUCCUCCUUGGCACCCCCACCAUGUUCAUAGACAUGCUCUCCCAGCCGGACUUUGACUCCUAUGACCUGUCAACUCUCCGGGGAGGAAUUAUUGCAGGUUCUCCUGUUCCCCCUGAGAUCAUGAGGACAAUUAUCACCAAGAUGCGCAUCCCAGAGCUUGUGGUUGCCUAUGGGACCACAGAGAACAGCCCUGUCACCUUCAUGGGGUUCCCCAAUGACAGCAUUGACCGGAAAACUGAGACAGUGGGAUACAUCUUCCCCCACACAGAGGCAAAAAUCGAGGAUCCAGAAACAGGGCAGUCUGUGCCUCUGAACACUCCUGGGGAGAUUCAGAUCCGUGGCUACUGCGUCAUGCUGGGCUACUGGAAUGACCCUGGCAAGACCAGUGAAGUGAUCACUGCUGAGAGGUGGUACAAGACAGGGGACCUUGGGAGCCUGGAUGAACACGGCUACUGCAGAAUCAUAGGGCGUUGCAAGGACAUGAUUAUUCGGGGGGGAGAGAACAUCUAUCCAGCAGAACUUGAGCAGUUCCUCCACACCCAUCCCAAGGUUGAGGAGGUCCAGGUGGUUGGUGUGAAGGAUUCGAGGAUGGGAGAAGAGAUCUGUGCCUGCAUCCGGCUGCGGGCUGGGCAGGACUGCACCGAGGAAGAGAUUAAAGCUUUCUGCAAAGGGAAGAUCUCGCAUUUCAAGAUCCCACGUUAUGUUGUGUUUGUGAGCCAGUACCCACUCACUGUCUCAGGCAAGAUUCAGAAAUACAAGUUGAGGGAGCAGAUGGAGAAGCACCUGCAGCUCUGAUAUUGGGAAGGCAGAGCAAGACCCAGGAUAAAUCAGCCCCAUUUCAGUCAGCUCUGAGUCUGCUUUUCACCUGUGCCUUGGGCUAAGCAGAGGAGACUUUCCCUCCCUGACACGAGGCUGAUGGGCACUUCCAGUCAAUAAAACAGAGCGCCUUUUUUUCCCAGUUGGGCUUGUUUCUUUGCCAACAGAAAUACUGUGGUGUGAGGAAUGGAUGCUUAUUUCUGGAAUUCUGUCCAGUUACUGAAAGACCUUAUGAAGGUUUAAAGAUUUUGUAUGUCUCUGAGCAGUUUGGCUGCAGCCAUUUCACAGGAGUUAAACCAGAAUAUAAAGAUGCUGGUAGGUAUUUUACUGACACUCUUAAGUCCAAAUGCCCUGGCCUGGCUUCCCAGGGUAAGUGAUGCCUUUUCUCCUUGGAUAUUUUAAGACUCUGGGUCAUUUAAGAGAGCCUGACCUUGAAAUGAGGGGCAAGGGGUUCAGAGAAUGAGACUUUGCAUUGGGGCUCCCUAAAACUGGCUGGAAAAGCUCACUCUGUUCCCACACCUCCCCCAGGUGUUUCCCCACAAAAAAAACCUUCUCCAAGGUAGAUGUGGCUUUGUUUAUUUUGUUGUUUUGGACAAGACAGACAGUAGGGUUGUUGCAGAAAUACCAAAAUUGCUGUCCCAUUGGCAGCAUGAAGCAGAGUGUACUGGGACAGCAUUUUAUGGGAGUUAUUUGGUACCUCCCAAAUGAUGCCUUAAGUUUUAGCUUUCAUAUUUUUCAGAUUCUGUGCUGCCUAGGUGUGUAGCUCUGAGCUUCAUAUUAAGUGUCAGUAAGUUCUCUUCACAGGGUAGGCAGACAAAAUCUCUUUCCAGCUUCAGACCAAGGACAACCUUUACAAGCUUCAGGCCCAAAAGGUACAAACAGAGAAUUGAAGAGAGCAAACAAGGAGGAUGGAACUUCAUAACCUGAAGCUGUAAUUGGACAGUUAACCUCAAUAUGCAAAUGGACCAAAACUUAUAAAAGUGUGAAACCUCAUGACCAGUUGUCCAUUUUGUGACCAUUUUGGGUCCAUCCUGGGUGUAGCCCUGGCCAAGCUCUUGUACUGCCCAAGGUGUAUCCUUUAAGGCCUUUUAAUAAAUACUGACUUUAUUCUUGUA